AAGUGUUGCCUUAUCAUUUAAGACGCUGUUCCAUUUAAAUGUCGUUUCAGUAGUCGGUCGCAAUUCCAAUGACAUCUCAGAAUUGUUGAUAUAUGUGUGUGUAUUUAGAAUAGUUUGUACAUCUACGGACUAAAGGCAGUCACUGUGUGGUGUCCGAAGAGUGAACGCGCAAAGUGAAGGAUACUUAUAACUUCAAAUUUAAAUUUUAAUACGUUUGUGAAUUAAAACGCAAUGGUAAUGAAGGGUGAACGUAAAGCAAACUAUCCACAAGAGUACGAGCGGUGGGAGGCGGAUGGCGUCACCUGGGUGAUACAAGAUCUGCCGCCUGAAGAUGAAGAGGAAUUCAUUGAUAUUCUGGUAGACCAUCUUAGCACCGAUGAAGUUCUCUGUUCUGUUACACGUCUUAUUGAACACCCAGAAAGUGUGAAGGGUAUCAGCGAUUUCUGGCGAGUGUGCGUUGCUGAGAGGACAAGCAUCGCUUGCUAUAAAGAGGUCGACGGAGUCAAGACACUAGCGGGAGGGAACUGUUGUGUUAUAGCGAAAAAGGACGACGAAAUGUCUAUCGAGAUACGAGGCGAGAAAUGGAAGACGGUUUUCGAAGGUCUGAAAUUCGCUGAAGACAAAUGCAAUCCAUUUGAAUAUUUAGGUGAGGAUGUGCUGUUGGUCGGCUACGGACUGGUGGUGCGGCGCGAGUUCAGAGGUGCCAGGCUAGGCGCGCGGAUACUAAACGCGAGAGAGCCUCUUUGCAAGCAGUUAGGAGUAAAAGCAGCGACUACAGUAUUCACUGGGAUAUCCUCACAGAAGUUGGCUGCGAGGUGCGGGUACAUCACCACGGCGGAGGCGACGCUGCAAGAAAUGGCAGAAGCCGGCCUUGAUUACCCCAAAGAUGACCAAAGAUCCAUCAAAUUGAUGGUCAAGAAAUUCAAUUAGUAACAGGAAUCUAAUUUUAGAAGCUGAUUUAUUUUUUUAUUUAUAUUAAAACUGGAAAUUGUACAAUUAAUAAUAAAAUAAUUUAUAUGUGCA